CGCACCUGUUCCUCGAGCGCGAUGUCGACCCUGAUCGCGCUCAUCUGCGUCGCUCCGGCGGCAGCCUUCCGCACGGGCGUGUGGCAUCACCCUCCCGACGCGUCAACUUCCUCCUCUCUUUUUCCUCGGGCCGCGACCGCGGCGAUGCAGCUCCCGGGGAUGGCGCAGGCGGCCACCGCCGCUGCCACGGUGGUGCAGGAGGUGGCCGGCUCGGUUCAGGACGUCGAGGCGCCCGACGCGGACGACAGCUUCGUCGCCAUCGACGAGAGCCGCACCGGCCUGGUCGACGAGGAGGGCCUUCCGCUGGUGUAUGACAAGGAGGCGAUCCAAAAGUACUGGGAGGGGCAGGGCGGCGCGCUGCAGUCGCGCUGGGCGGAGUUUCUGUCGGUGAGCGUUCCCUUCCUCACGCGCGUGGCGGCGCUCCUCGUCUCGGGCGGCACCGACGCGCUGAACGACUCGGCCUCGGAGCUCGCACGCGACGCCCGAGAGCGGAUCCAAAAGUUGGGGCCGACGUACGUCAAGAUGGGACAGAUGAUGUCGGUGCGGCCCGACAUCCUGCCUCAGGCGGCGCUCGACGAGCUCACCAUCCUGCAAGACGGCGUCGAGGGCUUCCCCGCUGACGUGGCGCGCGAGAUGGUCGAGGAGGAGCUUGGCGCCCCGAUCGACGAGUUGUUUUCCGACUUCUCGGCCGAGCCGGCGGCGGCGGCCUCGCUGGCGCAGGUCUUCCGGGCGACGCUCCGCUCGAGCGGCGAGGCUGUGGCGGUCAAGGUGCAGCGGCCGGGAGUCCAGUCCCUCGUCUCCAAAGACCUGUACGUGCUGCGGCGGGCGGCGGAGGUCGAGCGUUUCGCGCCGCAGCAGCGCACCGACUACGUCGGCUUGCUCAACGAGUGGGCAGUCGGCUUCUACACGGAGCUGGACUUCAAGAACGAGGCGAGUCGUUCACUCUUUCACUGCAACAUGCGGUCCUUCUCCGCCUCCGUCUCCUCCUUUUCCUCCGCCGCCGUCUCCUCCGCCGCCGUCUCCUCCUCCUCCCUCUCCACCUCCUCCUUCUCCGCCUCCUCCGCGGCGAACAUGCAGACGAUGGCGCGCGGCCUCGCCGAGGCGGGCGUCACCGACGUGGCGGUGCCGCGCGUGUACGAGGCGCUGACGACGCGGCGCGUGCUCGUGAGCGAGUGGAUCGACGGGCGGAAGCUGUCCGAGUGCUCGACCGAGGAGGUCCGCGAGCUCGUCGCCAUCGGGCGCGCCUCGGGCGUCUCGCGGAGCGGCUUCUUUGACCCUUCUCUAGGCUUCUUCCACUCGGACCCGCACCCGGGUAACCUGAUGCGGCCGCACGACCAGAGCCGUGCGCGGCUCGUGCUGAUCGACUUUGGUCUGGUCGCGCGCGUGCAGCGCAAGGACCAGGACCUGUUCGACUACGCCGCCCUGAUCGACGACUUUGUCGGCCUCGGCAUCCUGCCGCCCGACUGCAACCGCGCCAAGGUGCUCCCUCUGAUGGACAAGGCGCUCUCGCCGUACGUCAAGGGCGGCGGCGCCAAGAAGUAUGAGCAGGAGCUCAAGACCCUCUACGGGAUGGACGGCUCGGUCGAGUCCACCGUCGGAGGCUUCCAGGCGAUGACCAGCGACAUGCUCACCGUGCUCAACGACAUCCCCUUCUCCAUCCCGCCGUACUUUGCGUUGCUCGCGCGCGCCGUGGCGCUGCAGGAGGUGCUCUACGGCGGCGGCGACCCCGCCCUCAAGGGGGUGGUGACGCCGACGCGGCUCGCCGCCCUCGUCAACUCGGCCGCCGGAGUCGUCGCGCGGCAGGAGGGCGCCGCUUUCGUCGACCUCGACGCGGUGCCGGACGAGGGCCUCACGCCCGCCGCCGCCGCCGCUUUCGUGCUCUCGCCGGACGCGGCCUCGAUCCGCGCCCUCCUCGCCGACGAGGCGGCCGGCGCCUCCGACUUGCUGCUGCGGCAAGCCCUUCGCAAGGCGGUGCCGCUCGUUGCCGCUGCGCUACCGCAGCCGCCGCGCCUCCCGUUCCUGCCGCCGCCGCCCGAGCCGCUCGAGCUGCCCGUCCCGCUGCCGCCGCGCGCGGGCGCCGCCACGGGCGGGGGGGUGCCGCUGCCGUCGCUCACCUCCGCGCGCGCCCUGCUCGACGCGCUGGCGCCGCCCCUCUCGCGCGACGAGGAGCUCUAUGCCCUCUCGCUCGUCGACUUGCUCAAGUCGACCCUCGGCGAGGAGGCGGCCGCCCUCGCGGCGGGGGACUUGUCGCAGGACCCCGUCGCGGCCGCGCGCGCCGCGAGGCCCAUCCUCGCCGCCGCACUCGAGGCGCAGGGCCCCGCCGCCGCCGACUCAGCCGUGGCGCGCCUCGCGCGCGCGGCGCUGCAGCUGCUCGAGACGGUCGACGCGCUGCCGUUCGGCGGCGGCGGCCGCGCAGGGGCGGACAGGGGCGCCGACCCGCUCCGGGAGGUGCUCGCCGGCGUGAGCGACACCGAGCGGGCCGUGCUGCAGGAGGAGCUCGACCGACUCGCUGGCCGGCUGCGCGAGCGGCUCGAGGAGCGGCUGGCGGCGGUUCAGUGA